AUGCAAACCCUUGUGCGCUACUCUACCAUCUAUAUACCAACUAAAAAGCUACACCCGCGCCAAGCAACAGCGUUUAAAGAAACCGCCAAACGCCUCGCCAACGCCUACCUUAAUAAACCAUCCGAACAAGCAAUCCUCGGCUUCCUACUGCUACCGCGGAUCCUCGGUAUAGGCCUCCAGCAAGGCAACUUGAACCAGAAGCUGCGCAACUACCCACACAUACUCCCAGCACCUCCUCCAGAGCAAGCCAACCAAGCACGCCCCGAGCCAAAAGAGCUAAACAGCUCGCUGCGCGCUAUAGAGCUACUUGAACAAGGCUUUCUCGGUCGUGCAUCACAGGCGCUCGUCGACCAGGCGCCUCUCGCAGAGCUUACUCCAGAACUCAAAGCACAGCUUUGCCAGAAGCACCCAAUCGGCCCCAAAGACCCCUUCCAGAUCAGAGCCCGCCCACACGCAGGCCAGCCUAUCAAGAUCGAUGCUAUCCGCACAGCGAUCUGUACCACCAGCAAAGAAAAGGCCCCUGGUCUCAGCGGCUGGACGCGCUCGCUUCUCGACAUUGCGACAGCAGACGAAACAGACGGCUCCACGUGUACCGGCGUGCUCGCUAUGAUCCGCCACAUCGCAGAGGGCAUCCGACUAGCUACAGCGAAAGGCUCGUACCUCCUUACAGCAUCACGCCUCAUCGCGCUAGAAAAAGACGAUGGCGGUAUCCGCCCUAUCGCUAUCGGCGAUAUGAUCUACAGAAUCGCUAUGAAAGCUGUUAUCGCCACGCUUUUCCGCCCCGAGAUGCUUCUCCCGAACCAGCUCGGCGUCAGCUCCCCCGGCGGCGUCGAACCCGCUAUCUUUGCGCUCCAAAGCGUCAUUAUGAGCGACUCUACCGAAUUCGAUACUAUCACCUCGGCCGAUGAAAGCAACGCCUUCAACAACCGCGACCGUACAACCAUCGCAACAGCAGUCCUCAACCAUGCGCCCACGCUGCUGCAAGCCUCUGCCUGGGCACUCAACCACCCGGCGCUGCUUGUACUCUCAGACGGCACAGCUCUAGCCUCUGCACAAGGCGUACGCCAAGACGAUCCGCUCGCUAGUCUACUCUACUCGCUCUCGCAGCGCCCAACUAUCGAAGCGCUCCAAAGAAAGCUACCAAAUUCCCGUAUUUUCGCUUACCUAGACGACCUCUACGUACUCGGUUCGCGCAAAGACCCGGAAAUCAAACCAGUACUCUUAGAAACCUUCACCGAACACAACCUUGAACUCAACAUACGCAAAACCAAGGAACAUAAGAUCGAAGACCUUCGAACUACAGGCCUGCCGGUACUAGGCUCGUUUGUAGGGCCACGAGCUGCUCGAAAAACGUUCCUCGAGAAGAAGAUCGACAACUAUAACUCUAUUCUUCUCACCCUGCGCACGCUGCCCAAACAACAUGCAUUACUGCUACUUAAAGGUAGUAUCAACCACCUACUACGCCACUUGCUCCGCCAGCUCGACCCGCGCGGGCUUACAGAACUAUGGCAACAAGCCGACGCCGCCACAAUCGCCGCACUAGGCUAUAUCGCGUCCCGUCGACUCCAGCCAAUCAACAUAGAGCAUACUGCCUUAAUUGGUAUCCCAGCCCGCCAAGGUGGACUCGGACUUAUACUACAUACAAAGGUAGCAAAACAGCUCUACGCAGCCGCUCGCGACGCCAAUACUGCUACUAUACAGUUCAUUCUACGCGGUAAGACAACACCUACCACGCUACUACUAGACGAACCCGCCCACCCGGCCGAAACAGCGCAAAGCGUGCUUAAGAGCUUCUAUACAGAACAGCUCGAGAGCCUCGACUCAAUCUCCGAACCCGAGCGCAAUGCUCUCGCCGAAAACGCAAGCUACUUGGGUCGUCGCUGGAUCGAGGUUCUACCAACAAGCCCCAACACCAUGUUCACCGACGCCGAGAUCACCGAGGGACUCCGAAACAGGCUCUUAAUACCUAUAAAGCCACCAGACUUACCCUGUACACACUGCGCUGCACGUACCGCCAUCAACCACCAAGACACUUGCAAGGCUGCCCAGAGACGCUACCAAGCACGCCACGACCAGAUCAACCGAGCUAUUACCAAAACACUCUCUUGCCGGGAAGAUCUUGAAGUCGCUCCAGAGGUAGCNGAGGCCUUCGACAUCGUCGCUCUCCAGGAGCCGACCCGGACCAGUCACGUCCCCGCGUCGGCUCUGUUGAACUACCACGUCGUUUUCACUGAUAAUGGCACGGCCACAUAUGUACAUAAACGCCACCCUACACACUCUUGGAGCUCGUCCUCCACAGCAUUUUCCACCACUAUCCGCUUCGGCUCCGUCUCGGUCACUAAUGUGUACCGGUCCGGAGCUAUCUCCGUCCUCGACAUAGCCACCCUCUUCAACAAUCUCUCUCCUAGAACCCCACAUGUUAUUGUCGGUGACUUCAACGCCCACCACCCAAGCUGGGACUUCUUCGGCCGCGAAACCCGGGACUCCUCAGAUCUCAUCGCGGCCGCGGGACAGGCCCGGCUCGUACUGGUAACACCACCCGGCAUCUUCACCUGGGAACCGCCAGGGGACCGGCACGGGUCCUCGCGCCCUAGUACUAUCGACCUAGUCUGGGCCUCCCCGCCACUCCAGCCUCGACAUAUACCCGCGCCGCGGGACCUCCACGGCUCCGACCAUAUACCCCAACUAACAUAUAUCCAGCAUACACGUACACCUUCGCCGGCCCCUACCCGGCGAUGGCGCGAGGCCGACCCGGACGCUAUACGCGCCCUGGGGGCCACGCUUAUAAUAACACCUGAAGUCCCGACAGACUCGGCCGCGAUUGACCGAGCCUUAACCGACCUCCAUAAUCAACUUGACGAAAUCGCCUCCGCCACGGUCCCGAGCCGUGUCCCGGGCUCCGCGGCACAACCGCCUUGGUGGUCCAGUGUCGUCUACGACGCUGUUAUCUCGGCACGGCGAGCUCGCCGGCACCGGCACGAUAGCGACGCGGCCCAGGAACGGUACCGCGACGCGGUACGCGACCGCAACCGGGCCAUACGACAGGCGAAGACAGCAGCCUGGCGCCGUCCCGAGCAGUACCGCCGCUAG